AUGAAAGAAAUUACAAACUGGGCAUUUGGAAUUAUUAAAACCCAUAAACUAAGCUAUAACUUAGUCUUGUUCUCGCUACUUUUCUUGUUAAGCCCACCUUUUGCAUUAGGUGUUGACCCACAAGACACUGCUUCACUUUUGCUCUUCAAGUCUCACAUUCAUGACCCUUCUGACAGUUUGUCAAGCUGGGAUUUUGCUGUUAAUGGCAGCUCCACCUGGACCGGUUUCACUGCCUCAAACCGGACCGGCCGGGUUACUGCACUCAACAUUACUGCCCUCAACUUGUCAGGCACACUCCACCCCUCUUUGUGCAACCUCUCAUUUCUUGAAACCCUUGUUUUAUCGUACAACAACUUUUAUGGUUCAAUCCCCUUAUGUUUUCAGUUGUUUAGGAAACUUAGGAUUCUUGAUCUUAGCCACAAUAUGCUUACUGGCGUUGUACCUAAUACACUUGUGAUGCUCAACCAAUUAACUCAGCUUAAUCUUAGCCACAACAUGUUAAGUGGUACCAUUCCAGUUUGGUUUGGCAAUUUUUCCACCCAAUUGGAGAAACUUGAUUUGGGAUUCAAUAGUUUUCAUGGAGAGGUGCCUAAUGGCUUGUUAUACUUGAUGUCCUUGAAGUACUUGGAUUUGUCUCACAAUUAUCUGAUGGGAAAUCUUGUUGAAUUUCGUCAAGCUUUGGUGUAUCUCAAUCUCGAGUCAAAUUGGUUAUCUGGCACUUUGCCUUGUUUCUUGUCAUCAGCUGACUCAAUGUCGGUGCUUAAUUUAGCGAAUAACUCAAUUGUGGGAGGAAUCCCGGCUUGUAUUUCUGGUCUUCGUGGGUUGACACGCUUAAAUUUGUCCCACAAUGCAGUGAGAUAUAGGAUUUCCCCAAGAUUAGUUUUCUCAGAGAAGUUGGUUGUUUUGGACUUGAGUUUUAAUGAAUUGUUGGGAAAUCUUCCAAGUGGUAUUAUUGAGAAAGCCGAGAGGUCUGGAAUUUUACUACUUGAUCUAUCGCAUAACCAGUUCACUGGAGAUAUUCCAGCAUCAUUAACCGAAUUGAAAAGUUUGCAGGCAUUGUUUCUUUCGCACAAUCUUCUUACAGGUGAAAUACCAGAGAGAAUUGGAAAUCUGACAUAUCUUCAAGUGAUUGAUUUGUCACACAACUUGUUAUCAGGCUCGAUCCCUUUGAACAUUGUUGGCUGUUUUCAGUUACUCGCGUUAAUGCUAAAGAACAACAAUCUUUCGGGUGAAAUUCAACCAGAGCUUGAUGCAUUGGAUAGUUUGAAAAUACUUGAUCUAAGCGAGAACCAGAUAUCCGGGGAGAUCCCUCUUACCUUAGCAGGAUGCAAGUCAUUGGAGGUUGUGGAUUUGAGCUCUAACAAUCUCUCGGGGUCGUUAAAUGAUGCAAUAUCAAAAUGGUCGAAUCUCAAGUUUCUCUCCCUGGCUCGUAACAAUUUCAAUGGAGCUCUACCCGGUUGGUUAUUCACCUUUCAAGCAAUCCGAACAUUGGAUCUCUCAAGCAACAAGUUCUCCGGCUACAUACCAGAUGUUAACUUCAACACUAGUUUGAUUUUCAAUAAUGUUGACAUCGGCAGAGCAACUUUUGGAGAGCCAUCAGUUUUAGAAGUUUCUGUCAUUGUUCACGAUAAAACCGAAUUGAGCUUUAAAUACAUUCUUCCAACAGCAAAUGGAAUUGAUCUGUCUGAUAAUUUACUGCGUGGUGAAAUCCCAUCCGGAAUAUUCACACUGCAAGGCCUAGAAUACCUGAACUUGUCCUAUAAUUUUCUUGAUGGUCAAAUGCCAGUUAGUUUGGGGAAGAUGAGGAGUUUGAAGGCACUGGAUUUGUCGCAUAAUUCAUUGUCGGGUUCGAUCCCAGAAAAUAUAUCCAAUCUCGGGAAUUUAACAAUCUUAAAUUUGUCGUACAAUUCGCUCUCUGGGGUCGUACCUACAAGGCAAGGAUAUGGGAGAUUUCCUGGAGCAUUUGCUGGAAACCCGGAGUUGUGUGUGGAGUUAUCUGGUGAUGGCUGUAGGAGACAAAGUGUUCCGGUAGUAGCAGCUGGAAAGAGCUUUGCACAAGAUAUGGAGGAUGGACCCAUUUUAGUUUGGGUUUUCUGUGUAAGUAGUUUAGUUAGUUUCUAUGGAGGAAUUGUUGCUCUCUUUUGUUGUUCUCGAACGAGAAACUGCAUUUUGCAGACAAAAACUUGA